CCGACCGCGCGACCCAAAGAAGAAGCAAAGCGUACGGCCAGGGCUUCCACGCGUAGUAGGGGUAAAGGCUAUAUAAGUGAAAGACUCCGGUUCUGAUUUUACAGUGGAGCUAGGUCCUUCGCGUCUUUGUGGGAAUUUUUAUUGACUCAAUUAUGAAGUUCUACGCGCUCUUAGCUGUGUUAUGUUGCGCUGCGGCGGCCGUGGCAGAUAAAAAGAUAAAUCUGGAAGAUAUCGAGCGAGACAAUCUCCAGUCCGAAGCACAUUCAGAAGAGGAAAGGGCACCUGGACCGGAAGAACAGAAGUAUAACUCGGACAAGGCCGACGGUAACGCCAAUCCACAGUAUCAGGCCGAAGCUCGCGUAAUUGGCGGUCAACGACCCCAAGAUAUCAAAUAUGUGGCAGAGCCACAGGAGUACAGCGACGGUCUGGACGCUUACCAACAACAGCAACACCAACAGGCCGCGCAGCAGGCCCAGCUAACUCAACAAUAUUACACACCUUCUUAUCAAGCGGAAUCUCAAGUUUCCUAUCAACCUCAACUGCAGGUACAAGCUCUGAACUACCAGAGCGCACUUCCAGUUGCGAACCAUAUUCAAAAUUACGAGCAACAAAGUGCGACGGAAAAAUUCAUUCAGGGGAGCGCCAAAGGUAACCAUUAUGCUAACAUCGGAGGAACUCAACAGCUACUUUACUACCCCACUCAAAGUGUUGCGGCAAGUUCGAAGAGCCAAAUACAGCCGCUUCUUCAUCGUCUAGCGAGUCAGGCCGCCCAAAAUGUUCAGCUUGAAUCUUAUGACCAGUCAUUGGAUCAAUCGGCAAAACUUGCUUACCAACAACAGCCACAAAUCCAAUACGUUUACGAGCCACAAUACGUCCAACAGGCAGUCGCCCCUGCUCCAGCGGCUAAGGAUGCGCAGAAAUACGCGUACGUAACGCUUCCUCAGUCUUACUCAACGCAGCAAGCGUAUUCCGGACAGACUUACACCCAGCAGCCAAAUUCGGAGUACAAUCAGCCGAAGCAAGCCUACACUCAAGCUUAUUUCGUCCAACCUCAGUCGGCCCAGUUGUCUCACAAUCAGUACUACCAGCUGCCCGCUUACACCUCUGGUUCGGGUCAUCGGUCCAACUCUCACGGUUACGCACAGUCCCAACCCUUGUACGUUUCGUCUGACAUCGCCCAGCAGUUGGCAUCGCAAAUUUACAGGCAGCAAGGAUCUCAUAGCAUAGCCCAAAAUUAUGCCAAGAUUCCACAAGAGCCGCGUUUCGCUUUGGCACCCCCUCAGCUUUCCGCUCAGAAAUUCAGAAACGGACCGGUGACUUUUCUACGACCUGUACACUCCGGAGUGUCUAAUAACAAUAAUAAUCCGAUAGUCUAUCCGAGUUAUUCUUCUGGACCAAAGUCUCUACUCGAUUCUUACACGCCUAGUCUCGUGAUCGCGGCACAAGACAGCGAAAGAUACCGAGAAAGACCUCUCCAACUGGAAAGUGGAUUUUUGCCAUCAAAGGGAGCAUAUGCUCACUCUUACAACCAAAAACGCCAAUCUGAUUAGAUUUAGGGAAAGGUCUGCGGAAGGCUGUUGAAAUUUAUAUUUCGUGAUUGCCUAAUUAACUUUCAUACAGCCUUUUAUAAAGAGUCUUACCACCCUUUCUAGUCUUUCCUUAAAGGGCAUGGAUCGAAUGUCUUUUCUGUAAUAUUUUGUGAAUGCUUGAAAUGUAAAUUUUUCUUUUAUACGGUUUUUUUUUAUUCUAUUUUAUAAAUAAAGCAUAAAUGAAAAUA